GGCUAUAUAACGAUCGGCUAUCGUGGUACAUUUGCAUUCGGACGUGAUGGCCAGGCGGAUGUGAAAUUUCGUAAAUUGCAUCGCAUUCUUGUAUGUGGUAAAGUUGCUCUGUGCCGAGAAGCAUGUGAUACGCUUGCCGAGAAAGGUUUCAAACUUCUUGCAACAUGCUGCAGUGGUGCGAAUGGUCUUGUUGCUACGCAAGGGGCUGGUCCAUUGCAACAGGUAAUCAUUGAAUGCUUUUAA